AUGAUGGAGGCUGGCUGUGGGGUUGCCGCGGUGAUCGGGAAUGCUGCAUCAGGACCCCAGGGAAAACCAGGAAGUGGUGACGUCCUUGAGGGGUGAGUUACUCUCUCAAACACACGCCGCACCGUACCGCUGCUAUGUCAGCUAACCAGGACUCUGCAGAUAUCACACCCAUAAAUGUAUAGAGGAUCAGUUUAGGAUGUGUGUGGGUGAUUGUAUGGGCAUGUGUACGUGAGAGAUUGACAGGGAGGAAGGAAGUGAUAGCGAGAGAGGAAUUCUAAAGGCAUUAGAGAUGGCUAUAGUAUAUCAUCCCAUUGUAAAGGGUUGUGAUGACCGACACAUGAUCUCUUCUCUAUCUACUGUAAGUGAGCUGCAAUACAACCAGGCCUAGAUAGGAUAGGAUGGCUCUCAUUUAAUCACAGAUCUCCAACAGAUGAGAUGUGCUCAUUCUUUCAUUGCCAGUGUUCUUGUCCUUAUCAGCAGAUCUGAGGAGAGCUAGCCUAUGAGACUGAAUCACUGCAUCACUCAGUCUGUGUCUGAGCCCAGGAAGGAACGAGAAAUGUCAGGCAUCCACUCUUCUUCAUUGUCCCUGAGAAAAGUUGGGCUGAAAGGACUUUUCUUCCUCUGCCUAGCACACUGACUCCGAUUUCAGCUGCAGGUUUUGUGAGGCGAUCCCUGGUAGGCGGAUUGCAUUCGUGACUUACUCAAAGGAAAGGCUUUGCUUACCUGAACAUACACAAAAGUCAUUAUAGCUUUGUUUUGGUCCUACCAAGUGUGAGAUGCUUCUUUUGUCAGGCUAAGUAUGUUCUUUCCCCAAGAUGUGUUUAGUGUAUGUAUGCUAGGCUUUACUCCUCUCUGGAGCUUUCUGUACCUGUCAGUAGCCAUUUGAGACUGUGUGCCGUUAUGUGCUACCACCAGAAUAACAAGGAUCUAAAUACCACAGGCUGCACUAUGUUUUCUGGACCGCUGGUGCAGUGUCAUGAUUUGAUUUGAGCCCCAGAAACAUGAUGUGAAUACAUUGGUCUCUCUCACUGGCUCCCUCUGGUGGAACCCAAAGAAAAAGAAUGUAAAAUGUAAUGUAUUUAUGGAUUCUGAUUCUUCUCCAUCUUUCUCUCUCUGUCCUUCCCUCCCUCUCCCUGUGUAGGGCCAUGUCACCGUGUAUUACACCAGAUGAAGACGAGACCCAGCCUGAUCCACACAAGAGCACUACUCCAACAGAUAAAUCCCCACAAGAGAGCACAACUGCCAUGGUACACAGUCUAUUAUCACCAUCACUAGAUGGUACACAGUCUAUUAUCACCAGGUUACAGUGCUCACUAUCACGAGCACUGUAACCUGGGAAUAGCAGUCUCUGAACUCUACUACUAUGUAGUCUCAUAGAUACUGCUAGUAUGGGUUUCUUUUUAGUAUUAUUGGACCAGCAAAUUACAAGUGUUGACCGUCUUGUAAUUGGUUUACACGUCAGGAAUGUUGAGUAUUGUGUGUGUUGAUUGGCAGGUACGGAGUGAUGAGGUCACAGAGCUUCCUGCCGAGCAUGAGCCCACCCUGCGUUCCUGCGUCAGCACAGCCAGCAUGAAGGUCAAAAAUGUGAAGAAGUAGGUGCUCCCCACCCCACGGAAAUGGGCUAUUAUGGGCUGUAAAACGGGCCUCUAAACCAGGGCAGGAAAAUGAUGGGCCGGGCAGAGACCGACUGGUCAACUUGCUCUCUGCUAUCUCACUCUCUUAUCCGCUCUCACACUACUAUCACCCCCUUCUCUCUCUUCCUGCUCUCUUCUCUCUCUCUCUCCUCUCUAUGUCUCUCUGUCUCUGUCUCUCUCUCUCUCUCUGCCCUUUCUGCCUCAGUGUAACAGCCAGUUGAAUACUGAUGAGGUGAUUCUGUUGUAUUUCAGGCUGACGUUCCCCAGAGGGCAUUUUCCCAGGCUGGCUGAGUGUGCCCACUUCCACUAUGAGACCGUUGACUUUGGCACUGUGCAGGUGAGACCCGGCCCAGAACUGAACACACAUACAUUCUAUGGAAAACAGAAGUAAUUUGUUGAUGGUAGUUUGGUAAUUGUGUCCUUGGCUCAAGUUCAUGUGUAGCUCAGUGGACAUCAUGGUGAGUUGUUCCACAAAAUACCUAAUUCCCUUAAUGGAACCGAGCCAUAGCGUCAGCAGUUUGUCCUAAUUAUUUUAGAUAAUCUUGUCCCCGCCCCACCCCCAUUCCAAUUUCCCAUAUUUGGAAAAAGUACAGAUGGAAUUUAAAUUCUCAUUCAUUAUGUACUCAAAGGGAUACUUCGGGAUUUUGGCAUGCUAGUCAGUGCGCUAACGCUUGUUAGCAUUGGCUCUCAAAAUUAAAGCUAACUUCCUUCAUAAUGGACACAGCGACAUAAAAAUGGUAUCCACUAGUUCAUCUGACCCUGGGGAAGUAGAUAAAGGGCCUCAUUGCCAAAAUCCUGAAGUAUCCCUUUAAUUUGAAAAUAAAAUUGGAUAAGUGAUACAGCAAUCAGCAACAUAGAAUCCAAUAUAUGAGUAUAUUUAAAUGUUGUUUAUGAAUUUUUCAUCCAGUGUGUGUGUUAAUCCACUAAGUAGCAAUCAUUCCUAUCUGAUCCGCUCAGCUCAGCAUAAACCUGCAAUCCUCAGUACUAGUUGGAUUAAGCUGAUGAUAUCAACCAGAGAAAUAGAGAAUGGUUUUCUGGGCAGACAGCGUUACUGUAGGAGCAUCCACAGCCGGUCAGUACUACUCUACAGAGAGUGAACUGUGGCAGCUUUCAGCUUCCAGGAGGUGGCAGAAGAGAGCAGUUAUGUGCGGGGAGUUAUGUUUAUCACUGGAGAAUGUAAGAGAACAUUUAAUUGUAUAAGAUGUUGCUUUGUUUGCUUAGCUUUCACCUGUGAUAUCGUCAUGAGGUGGUCAUUUAGGAUGGCCCUAUGGGUCAUUUUUGCUGACACUAUAACUGUAGAUUCAUUGCCAUUACAGUCAGCACAGAUUUCAGAGGGUUGAGAGUGAAUUUUUUUGUGCCUGUGGUGAUAAUUAGAAUCAGUCAAGCAGAAGUGAUUACUCACUCGUCUGUGUAAUGUUGUUGGCUUGCCAGCAGAGAGCAGUAGUCAGCUACUCAUUCGCACGCGGAUGCUUUUACCACAGUUUCUACGUUUUACAUUUUAGUAAUUUAGCAGACGCUCUUAUCCAGUGCAUAGAUUUUUUAUCUGUUUUUGUCUUAUAUUUUACUUUUUUUUUUAAAUAUAUUUUUUCAUACUGGCCCCCCGUGGGAAUCGAACCCACUACUGCGCAACAUCCCUGCCGGCCAUUCCCUCCCCUACCCUGGGCCAAUUUUGCGCCGCCUCAUGGGUUUCCCGGUCGCGGCCGGCUACGACAGAGCCUGGAUUCGAACCAGGAUAUCUAGUGGCACAUUGCGAUGCAGUGCCUUAGACCACUGCGCCACUCGGGGGCCCAACAGAGAACAGGAACGAAUGCGAAGCAGACAGAGCAGACCAGACUGGGGUUUGGAGUUUGAGAAGUCAACGAGAGAAGUAAAAAAGUAUUCCUUAGUUGUACAUUUGUUCACGAAAUCUAAAGGCACAACCUAGAUUUGAGCCAAUGUCUUACAUGGCUGAACAUGUUAUUACUCCAACCUCGUGAAAGUGACAAACUGACACGUUUUCAUUUUCGUAAAAAACGAUUUUUUAGCGAAGGAGUGCAUUUGAUUUGACGGCAUGCGCAGUUCGCCGCGAGACGACCGUUAGACCUGAUGACGCAUAAGUUUAGCUAGCCAACGUCGCCAUGACAUCGGCUACAAGCGUGAUCUGGGAUUUCUAUUGGAGAAGCAGUUUCUGCAUGUCGUCAUACUAAACCAUCUUUGCUUUUACUGUUGAGAGAGCCUCACUGAACUGCUAUGUUCGCGGCGUGGUAUAACAUAACAUGACCAGCAAGGCUAUUACAUGUACAGUCGUGGUCAAACGUUUUGAGAAUGACACAAGUAUUGGUCUUCACAAAGUUGGCUGCUUCAGUGUUUUUAGAUAUUUUUGUCAGAUGUUACUAUGGUAUACUGAAGUAUAAUUACAAGCAUUCCAUAAGUGUCAAAGGCUUUUAUUGACAAUUACAUUAAGUUUAUGCAAAGAGUCAAUAUUUGCAGUGUUGACCCUUCUUUUUCAAGACCUCUGCAAUCCGCCCUGGCAUGCUGUCAAUUAACUUCUGGGCCACAUCCUGACUGAUGGCAGCCCAUUCUUGCAUAAGAGUUUGUUAGAAUUUGUGGGUUUUUGUUUGUCCACCCGCCUCUUGAGGUUGACCACAAGUUCUCAAUGGGAUUAAGGUCUGGGGAGUUUCCUGGCCAUGGACCCAAAAUGUCGAUGUUUUGUUCCCCAAGCCACUUAGUUAUCACUUUUGCCUUAUGGCAAGGUGCUCCAUCAUCAGGCAUUGUUCGUCACCAAACUGUUCUUGGAUGGUUGGUUGGUACCAUUCUUUAUUCAUGGCUGUGUUCUUAGGCAAAAUUGUGAGUGAGCCCACUCCCUUGGCUGAGAAGCAACCCCACACAUGAAUGGUCUCAGGAUGCUUUACUGUUGGCAUGACACAGGACUGAUGGUAGCGCUCACCUUGUCUUCUCCGGACAAGGUGUUUUCCGGAUGCCCCAAACAAUCGGAAAGGGGAUUCAUCAGAGAAAAUGACUUUACUCCAGUCCUCAGCAGUCCAAUCGCUGUACCUUUUUGCAGAAUAUCAGUCUGUCCCUGAUGUUUUUCCUGGAGAGAAGUGUCUUCCUCGCUGCCCUUCUUGACACCAGGCCAUCUUCCAAAAGUCUUCACCUCACUGUGCGUGCAGAUGCACUCACACCUGCCUGCUGCCAUUCAUAAGCAAGCUCUGCACUGGUGGUGCCCCGAUCCCGCAGCUGAAGCAACUUUAGGAGACGGUCCUGGCGCUUGCUGGACUUUCUUGGGCGCCCUGAAGCCUUCUUCACAACAAUUGAACCUCUCUCCUUGAAGUUCUUGAUGAUCCGAUAAAUGGUUGAUUUAGGUGCAAUCUUACUAGCAGCAAUAUCCUUGCCUGUGAAGCCCUUUUUGUGCAAAGCAAUGAUGACGGCACGUGUUUCCUUGCAGGUAACCAUGGUUAACAGAGGAAGAACAAUGAUUUCAAGCACCACCCUCCUUUUAAAGCUUCCAGUCUGUUAUUUUAACUCAAUCAGCAUGACAGAGUGAUCUCCAGCCUUGUCCUCGUCAACACUCUCACCUGUGUUAACGAGAGAAUCACUGACAUGAUGUCAGAUGGUCCUUUUGUGGCAGGGCUGAAAUGCAGUUGAAACGUUUUUUUGGGAUUAAGUUAAUUUUCAUGGCAAAGAGGGACUUUGCAAUUAAUUGCAAUUCAUCUGAUCACUCUUCAUAACAUUCUGGAGUAUAUGCAAAUUGCCAUCAUGAAAACUGAGGCAGCAGACUUUGUGAAAAUUAAUAUUUGUGUCAUUCUCAAAACUUUUGCCACGGCUGUAUGCUAAGGGACGUGUGUGUGUGAGAGCUGAUGGGAGCUCUAGCACAGUGCAUUGCAACUAUAGAAUAGCUGAACUACUGUAGCUGUGGCAGAUGUGCUACAUUAGACGUGUGGCUGGGGCUUAGCUGCUGAACAGAAGUGUCUGUCUGUGACCUUGAUCUUCCUACAGGGGAAGAUGAGCUGUGCUAGGAGAGAAAUAUCACUCUAGGGAGAGACCAGCCAUGCCUCACUCUGACACUUAUAGUACAGACCACACACAUACAGUGCAUUCGGAAAGUAUUCAGACCCCUUGACUUUUUCCACUUUUUGUUACGUUACAGCCUUAUUCUAAAAAAAAAAAUGUUUUAUAUAAUCUCAGCAAUCUACACACAAUACCCCAUAAUGACAAAGCAAAAACAGGGUUUUAGAAAUGUUUGCUAAAAAAUUAAAAUAUAUAUUUACAUUAGUAUUCAGACCCUUUGCUAUGAGACUUGAAAUUGAGCUCAGGUGCAUCCUGUUGCCAUUGAUCAUCCUUGAGAUGUUUCUACAACUUGAUUGGAGUCCACCUGUGGUACAUUCAAUUGAUUGGAGAUUAUUUGGAAAGGCACACACCUGUCUAUAUAAGGUCCCACAGUUGACAGUGCAUGUCAGAGAAAAAAACCAAGCCAUGAGGUCGAAGGAAUUGUCCGUAGAGCUCCGAGACAGGAUUGUGUCGAGGCACAGAUCUGGGGAAGGGUACCAAAAAAUGUCUGCAGCAUUGAAGGUCCCCAAGAACACAGUGGCCUCAAUCAUUCUUAAACGGAAGAAGUUUGGAACCACCAAGACUCUUCAUAGAGCUGGCCGCCUGGGCAAACUGAGCAAUCGGGGGAGAAGGGCCUUGGUCAGGGAGGUGACCAAGAACCCGAUGGUCAUUCUGACAGAACUCCGGAGAUCCUCUGUGGAGAUGGGAGAACCUUCCAGAAGGACAACCAACUCUGCAGCACUCUACCAAUCAGGCCUUUAUGGUAUAGUGGCCAGACGGAAGCCACUCCACAGUAAAAGGCACAUGUCUUCCCACUUGGAGUUUGCCAAACGGCACCUAAAGGACUCCCAGACCAUGAGAAACAAGAUUCUCUGGUCUGACGAAACCAAGAUUGAACUCUUUGGUCUGAAUGCCAAGCGUCACAUCUGGAGGAAACCUGGCCCCAUCACUACGGUGAAGCAUGGUGGUGGCAGCAACAUGCUGUGGGGAUGUUUUUCAGCGGCAGGGACUGGGAGACUAGUCUGGAUUGAGGGAAAGAUGAACGGAGCAAAGUACAGAGAGAUCCUUGAUGAAAACCUGCUCCAGAGCGCUCAGGACCUCAGACUGGGACGAAGGUUCACCUUCCAACAGGACAACAACCUUAAGCACACAGCCAAGACAACGCAGGAGUGGCUUUGGGACAACAACCUGACAGAGCUUGGGAGGAUCUGCAGAGAAGAAUGGGAGAAACUCCCCAAAUACAGGUGUGCCAAGCUUGUACCGUCAUACCCAAGAAGACUUGAGGCUGUAAUCGCUGCCAAAGGUGCUUCAACAAAGUACUGAGUAAAGGGUCUGAAUACUUAUGUACAUUUUAUAUUUCUAAAACUGUUUUUGCUUUAUCAUUAUGGGGUAUUGUGUGUAGAUUGAGGGAAAAAAGUAAUUAAUUUUAGAAUAAGGCUAACGUAACAAUGUGGAAAAAGUCAAGGGGUCUGAAUACUUUCUGAAUGCACUGUACAUACAACUUAACACUGUACAAAACACACUUAACUGUUUUCUUAAAGGCCCAGUGCAGUCAAAAGUGUGAUUUUCUUCCGGUGUUUUAUAUAUAUUUCCACACUCUGAGGUUGGAAUAAUACUGUAAAUUUCUAAAAAAUUAUUAGAACGCCCUUUUAGUGUAAGCGCUGUUUGAAAAGUGCCUGAAAUAUUUGCCUGUUUUGGUGGGAUGGGGGUUUACCAUGCAGUAAAUGAGUUAAUAGACCAAUAACAAUUUCAGUUUUCCCCUCCCUUUCAGACCACUCCCAGACAGUCCUAGCAAAAUUCUUGCUUGAGAAAUUGCUCUUUGCUUUCAAACGAUUGAUUCAGGGUUCUUUAGACAUAUUUGGUAUUUUGGUUACUGCUUUUUUUUUUUUUGCUCGCUUUUAUUGCUGGCUCGAUGCUCGUUUGUUGCUAGAUUCGCGGCUGUAUUGAUUUGGCUCGGAUUUAGUAGAAGAAAUCUGCCUAGCAACAACUAGUGGGUGGCUGGUGGGAAGAUUUUAAUGUGAGCAUUGAAGUAACACAAAUAUUUACAGUCUCACACAUAUUUUGUUUUAAUAUAAUGUUCAAUGUUUUGAAGGGAUGAAUGGUCUCUAGAUGGAAUUGGCUAUUGCUCCUGUCAGAUUGACCAGAUUAUUAUUUGCUACUUUUUUUGUAAUCGCCCACUGAUAUUUGUGUAGCUUGUUUUAUUCCAGAGUGAAAACUAAAGGGAGAAAGUGGGAGGGUAGAGCGAGAUGACAUUCAAAGACUGCCUGUUUUCAAUACUGAAGGGGAGAGAGAGACGAUAGCUAUACUGUUUUACUUUUAAACUCAAUACCAUUGUUUUCAAUAUCGUAAAGUGUAGUAGCCUAUCCAGUCAAAGUGCAAAUACAAGUCACGGGAAGGCGAGUCAGAGUCACCAAUGGUCGAGUCACAAGUCCUGGACUCGAGUACUACAACACUGCUUAAUUGUUACCCAGAAAUGAUUUGAUAUUGAGAGAAAAACAGCUGCAAUGGACCUUUUAACAGCUGUCAUGAUACAAUUUAUGCGCUGACUUCACCCUGAGAGGAAGUGGGCUGACAUAUUAGUGGGAGUGUCAUAACAUUGUCCCUGUGGUGGGUCUCAUGACUCAUAUGCUUGUUCUAGAACUCACACACAGGACCAGCAGGGAUAUGACAGAUCAGGUCUCCGACACAAUGGCAACAUGAGGACAGCAGCCAUCAGCCUCUGAAACACAUACAGCGUACUGGGCUGAUUCUGCCCAAGAUUACUUCCAUUCUCUACAGAAGCACCAUUUUGAAAUGGAGAUGCCUGGGUGGUCUGUGUCCUCCUGCACCUCUGUCUCUGUGUCAGGCUUACGUAUGGGUGUGUGCUAACUGCUCUGUUUUAGCCUAUAUACUGUAGAGCUCCUUUGUCACAAGAGGAUGAGGGAAGGUAGAGGGAGGGAGGGAAGGAAGGAGAGUGGGAGGGAGAUGGAAAUGGGGAGCGGGCGGGAGGGAGAUUGAGGAGAGGAAGGGUUGGGAGGGAGAGAGAAACAGUGGGAUCCUUCCCCUAUUUCUAGUCUCUGCUCUUGUGGUGUAAUUGAACAGUGAAAACAUGUUGUGGAUCCACCUUGUGGCGAAGGACAGGCUGAAGGGGAUUUAAGCUCGGGGACAGAUGAAAGCAACCAGUAUCUGUUUAACUCUGCUCAAUCCAGUGGCAACUCCACGCUUUCCUCUGUCCUAAAUCCAUCAGCCAGUGGUAGGAAGCUAAGUGACUUCUAUCUGGAGACACAGGACUGCAGUUGAACACUGUCCGGGAGACAUCCAGCUGUGUUGUAACCUGACUUAAUAGCUGAGGAGCAGUAAAGAGCCUGCACUGGCAGGUACCAGUAUGCGCUUGUGACUUAAUUUCUGUUUCUGGGUCCAGAUGUGUAUAUUAAUAGUUAAUGGCUGCAUGCAUGUUUCGAUUUAGGGAUUUGUGCUGCACUGUGUGAGGUUGUCAGUUUUAGUUGCUUGGCUAAAAUGCGUUGGGGGAUAGAAAGAGCUUAUACAAAACAUAAGUAAGACAUGCACUAAAUUUACUCAGUUUCGUUUUCAAUGUUAAAUGACUCCGCUCCAUGUGACGUGUGUUUCUCUGUCCAGACAUCCUCUUGACAUAUUGUUAAUCAUCAUUGAUUCAUGUUUGUCUUAUCAUGCUAACCGUCAAUCUUUCCAUCCACAUGACCAUAGUUAUUGUUUAAUUCACUCAUUGACUCAUGAUUAUUCUUCCAGACUGUAUUAAUAGUUUACGUCCUCCAAAUAUUAUUGACUAUUUACAUUCUAUUUCAUAUGUUAGCUUUGUAAUACCUUAACUAUUACUACCCUGCCUCGCAGGCCUUUGAAGUUUUGCCUGUAUUUGAUAUCAAUUUAUUCCCCUAACUAUUCCUGAGGCUUUGAUCUCCUCUUGGUAUACAGUGGCUUGCGAAAGUAUUCACCCCCCUUGGCAUUUUUCCUAUUUUGUUGCCUUACAACCUGGAAUUAAAAUGGAUUUUUUUGGGGGGGGUUGUAUCAUUUGAUUUACACAACAUGCCUACCACUUUGAAGAUGCAAAAUAUUUGUUAUUGUGAAACAAACAAGAAAUAAGACAAAAAAACUGAAAACUGGAGCGUGCAUAACUAUUCACCCCCCCAAAGUCAAUACUUUGUAGAGCCACCUUUUGCAGCAAUUACAGCUGCAAGUCUCUUGGGAUAUGUCUCUAUAAGCUUGGCACAUCUAUCCACUGGGUUUUUUGCCCAUUCUUCAAGGCAAAACUGCUCCAGCUCCAUCAAGUUGGAUGUGUUCCGCUGGUGUACAGCAAUCUUUAAGUCAUACCACAGAUUCUCAAUUGGAUUGAGGUCUGGGCUUUGACUAGGCCAUUCCAAGACAUUUAAAUGUUUCCCCUUAAACCACUCGAGUGUUGCUUUAUUAGUAUGCUUAGGGUCAUUGUCCUGCUGGAAGGUGAACCUCCGUCCCAGUCUCAAAUCUCUGGAAGACUGAAACAGGUUUCCCUCAAGAAUUUCCCUGUAUUUAGCGCCAUCCAUCAUUCCUUCAAUUCUGACCAGUUUCCCAGUCCCUGCCGAUUAAAAACAUCCCCACAGCAUGAUGUUGCCACCACCAUGCUUCACUGUGGGGAUGGUGUUCUCAGGGUGAUGAGAGGUGUUGGGUUUGCUCCAGACAUAGCGUUUUCCUUGAUGGCCAAAAAGCUAAAUCUUAGUCUCAUCUGACCAGAGUACCUUCUUCCAUAUGUUUGGGGAGUCUCCCACAUGCCUUUUGGCGAACACCAAAUGUGUUUGCUUAUUUUUUUUCUGCCCACUCUUCUGUAAAGCCCAGCUCUGUGGAGUGUACGGCUGAAAGUGGUCCUAUGGACAGAUACUCCAAUCUCCGCUGUGGAGCUUUGCAGCUCCUUCAGGGUUAUAUUUGGUGUCUUUGUUGCCUCUCUGAUUAAUGCCCUCCUUGCCUGGUUUUUGAAUUUUGGUGGGAGGCCCUCUCUUGGCAGGUUUGUUGUGGUGCCAUAUUCUUUAAAUUUUUUAAUAAUGGAUUUAAUGGUGCUCCGUGGGAUGUUCAAAGUUUCGGUAUUUUUUUUAUAACCGAACCCUGAUCUGUACUUCUCCACAACCUUGUCCCUGACCUGUUUGGAGAGCUUCUUGGUCUUCAUGGUGCCCCUUGCUUAGUGGUGUUGCAGACUCUGGGGCCUUUCAGAACAGGGGUGUGUGUGUAUAUACUGAUCAUGUGACACUUAGAUUGCACACAGGUGGACUUUAUUUAACUAAUUAUGUGACUUCUGAAGGUAAUUAGUUGCACCAGAUCUUAUUUAGGGGCUUCAUAGCAAAGGGGGUGAAUACAUAUGCACACACCACUUUUCCGUUAUUUAUUUUUUAGAAUUUUUUUAAACAAGUUAUUUUUUUCAUUUCACUUCAUCAAUUUGGACUAUUUUGUGUAUGUCCAUUACAUGAAAUCCAAAUAAAAAUCAAUUUAAAUUACAGGUUGUAAUGCAACAAAAUAGGAAAAACGCCAAGGGGGAUGAAUACUUUUGCAAGGCACUGUAGGAUGUUAUGGAGUUAUAUGGGAGGGAUGGAGGGAAUUGGACAAUGAUUUUUGGUACAUUUCCAUAGCCUCUCAAAUGCUGAAGGGGUUAUCAAUUGCUUAUGUAUAAUUCAUAUACUGCAUUUUUAUUUUGGGUUGAAAAACAUGUCAAGGGCUCAGUGUCACAGUGUUGAAAAUGCACAUUCACACUUUCUUAACCUCACGAGUUAUUUCCUUAUUGUGCAUGAAGUCAGCAACUCAAGACCAAAGGACCUCCAACAACCCAUUUUUCUAAAGGGACCUAUGUUCUUUUUUUUUUUGAAAAACAUGGUCGUAUUUAUUAUGUAUUAUCUAGAUGUUUCUGGUUAAAAAAAACUAACCCAUUUCUAACCAGAUAUGAUGUUACCCAGUUGGGGCUACUGUCCAUUAUUGAUAGAGUUUGGAGAGUUGGCUAAGUGACCGAACAUGAAUUUGGUGUAUGUUCUACUUUCACGGUAGUUCUGAAACAGAAAGUGGUUGCUGUGUUAAACUACAUUAUUUAGAGUGUGGUGUCACUCACUAUUUUAAUCUCUCUGUACCCAUUCCCCUGCAGCUGUCCUUUGCAGAGGAGCAGACUGAGGGGCAGAAGGCUGGUCUGGACUCCAAGGAGCCACUCUUCCUGGUUCAGAUCUGCUGCCAGGUAUAAUGGAGCUUGAGGGCUAGGCUCUAGUUUCUGACCCAUAGAAAAAUCUGGAACAUUUAACUGAAGCAUGAUAUUAAUUUCUAAGGGGGUAGGAUAAUCCAGUGAUUCUCAACCCUCUCCUCGUAGACCCCCAGACGUUUCACAAUUUUGUUGUAGCCCUGAACUAGCACACCUGAUUCAUGUAGUCAAGGGCUUGAUGAUUAGUUGAAUAAGGUGUGCUAGCUUUGGACUUGGAUAAUACAUUUUGCGCCUUUGUACAGUAUCUUUAUCCUAGAUAGCUUCUCUGUUUUUCUCAGUCUGGUCUCAUUUCAGGCUCACUCUUGUCUCUGUGUUUGUGUCUCAGAGUCGGAGCUGGCUGGUGAAGCGAUCCUAUGAAGACUUCCGUGUGCUGGACAAACACCUCCACCUUUGUAUCUAUGACAGACGCUUCUCCAAACUCACUGAGUUGCCCCGCUUUGACUCGCUGAAGGACACAGUAGAGGUAGGAGUCAGUCAACAGGACUAACUAAAUCUUACCACUGGGAAUAUUUAACUAUCUGCUGUGAAUGAGACCAGUUGUAUCCCAAAUGACACCCCAUUCCCUAAGUAGUGCACUACUUUUGACCAGUGCACAGGAAACUGGCCUAAACUAGUGGACUACUUAGGGAAUAGGGUGCCAUUAGGGACACCUCCACAGUCAUAGUUACAUUACAUUAUCUCCCCUGGCUUUGUAUUCAACCUAACUCAUUCCUGCUGGUUCUAUUCUCCUUAGGAAAUAACCGAGAUGUUGGCAGCCUACCUGUCCCGUCUCACAGCCAUCGCUGACAACAAGAUCAACUGUGGUCCAGUGUUGACAUGGAUUGAGGUGAGCUACUCAUGUUUCUCUUACACACUCCUCAGAUAAACAGGACAACUUGUUUAUUAAAUUAGACUUCAUGCAGAAUUCAAUUUUCCAUUUUAGUAAUAGAUCUGAUAUCAAUGCUAAACUCCAUGAUGUUGAGUAUUUUGUAGACUCUGUCAACCUGUGUUUUGUCUCUCAGAUUGAUAACAAGGGUAACCACAUUCUGGUAGCUGAGGAGUCCUCCAUCAAUGUUCCUGCCAUCGCCGCGGCCCACGUCAUCAAACGCUACAUUGCCCAGGCCACAGACGAGCUGACCUUUGAGGUGACCCCUCUGUGCAUCUUGUGAUUGGACAGGAAAGGGGAGGGGUUUAGGGAACAGUGUGGAGAUAUGGGGAUACAUUCACUAGGUGAUUUGUACACAUUCUGCCGUGGAUGUUGAUGUUUUUAAACCCACUCAAACUGCUAUAUUCUCUCAUUUGACUUUUCUGUGCUGACCCUUUUCUAGGUAGGGGACAUUGUGUCAGUCAUUGACAUGCCUCCUAAAGAGGACACUGGCUGGUGGAGAGGGAAACAUGGUUUUCAGGUAAAACCCUUCAAACAAGUCUGUGACUCAAACAGCUCUGUCUGUCCCUUCAUACUAGUGAUCAAUUUUCUCCAUCCCACUCCCUACUGUACAUGGAGCUUACUACCACUUACUCUUCCUUAGAUCAAUAUCUGGUGCAUGAUAGAGCGCAGGAGAUUGUUACUAUUCCUACUUCUGUUUCUCUCUGUGCAGGUUGGCUUCUUCCCCUGUGACUGUGUGGAGCUGAUCAGUGACAGGAUUCCCCCCUGUGUGUCCAGCUCUGUGCCAAAACCAGGUACUGUGGGCGGUUUUACAGCAACAAUACUCUGUCCUCCCUCUUCUCUGUGAUUAAUAUAUAACUGACUGGAGGUGCCUCUUACAGUUUUUUCCAACUGCAUACACACGUUUUCAAAACUGUCUCCUUUUUUCAAAACGCUACACACAAUUCCCAAAACUGCACACACAAAAUGCAAAAUGCCUCACAUCUCCUUCAAAAUGUAACACUGCAUUCAAAAUGCCAUAAACACAUGUCAGAGUGAAGCAUUUGCAUCAAAUGGCAAACACUUCUUUCAUAAUAGUAAAUUUUUGGAUAUACCAUGUAAACACUGUUGUUCUAACUCUAAAGCACUUUGUAUUGAAAUGUAGAUAAGCCUAUGAAAGACCAAUGUUCUACAGUGAAAGUAAUCUGCUGAGAGGGGUAACAAGUACACUGUAAACACCAAUGCGAUGUAGAAACAGAAAAUAUUUAUUAGGCCAAACAUUACUGUUGUAUACAGUAGCAUACAACAAAACCAUAAACAUAUGUAAACCAAAAGUAUAUAAUUUAGAAUACACUAAAUAACACAAUUGUGUGUGUGUGUGGGGUCCCGGGGGGGCAGUCCAGGAAUUGGGGGGGGGGGGCAGUCACCAGUGCUAAGCUACGCUUCAUCUCUUCUCUGGGCUGGGUCUGGCCACAAUACUUCGUCCACAUCACAAGAUACGUUUUCUCUUGCCAAACAUCGAGGGAAGUAUCUCCUAGCAUGGCGUAUCCAACCUUGGACAGAGGCAACCUCUAUGUCCCCACAUGCGUCCUCCAUUGCCUGGAGAAGCGGCAUGCGGGCAUAGGGUUGGCGAUCAUACACUUUCCAGCGCCAGGCUGAGAAGACUUCCUCUAUGGGAUUUAGAAAAGGUAAAUAUGGGGGUAGGUACAAAACUACAAAUUGUGGAUGGAUGGCAAACCAGUUUUGGAACAGAACAUCCCGGUGAAAACUAACAUUGUCCCAUAUGACCACAAAUCUAGCAGGCUCCUGAUCUGGAUCAGAGACAAGCAUUGUGUAAAUUGCAUCCAGAAAAGUGAGCAUAUGGCUGGUGUUGUACGGACCAAGUGUGGCAUUGUGAUGGAGGACCCCGUUUUGAGUGAUGGCAGCACACACAGUUAUAUUACCCCUGCGCUGUCCAGGGACAUUGGUAAUUGCCCUCUGUCCGAUUACAUUUCUUCCGCGGCGCCUGGUUUUGGUGAGGUUGAAGCCUGUAGUGUCUGUAGUGACGCAUGAUCAACAAGUGUUGCCCUAAUCUCAUCAGAGAUGGCUCUCCUUCCUUCUCUUCUUUGCCCUCAUCCUCUUCUUCCUCUUCCUCCUACUCCUCCUCUUCCAACUCUUCGUAUUUGAAUUUGUCCUCGUUGUUGUCCCCUGCCUCUCCCUCCUACUCCUCUUGCUCUCUGUUGUCUUGUUGGCAUCCAUUGUUCAAAACAGGUCAUCUGACCUUUGACCUAUUUAUAGGCCUAUACUACAGUAAAGCAGUGAUUGGUUAGUGAUCAGUUAAGCAAUUAGUGUUUGCACAUGUGAGGAGUGUGUGUGUGACCUGGUGAAUAAGUGUAGCAUUUUGAUUGGUUGUUUGGAAAAGGAAAGCAAGUCACUUCCUGUUAGAUUUUUGUGUUUUAGGUAGAGAAUUGUGUGUAGUGUUUUGAAAAAAGUGUUUUAUGCAAUUGACAACUGAGUCAAAGGCUGAGAAAUAGCUUAUGGUUUUGGAGAUUUGGUGUGUAGUUUUGCACUUUGAGUGAGAGGUUUCAAAAAUCGUGUGACAUGAAAAGAUUUUGUGUGUAAGCAGUUGGAAAAAAACUGUAAAGUGUGUCUGAAAGAAUGAGAUGAGUCUGGCAUGCGUGUGUGUAACAGCGUUGUAUGGGUUGACUCUUCGUGUUUUUUUACUCAUACUUUCAUGUGUUAUCCACUGGGAUUCAAAUGCACAUCUAUUGUAUGUUUUAUUUACAACCCCAAAACAAAAGUAUAUUCAUUCAGUGUGUGUGUGUGUCCAUCAGUGUGUAAGAAGCAUGGGAAGCUGGUGAUGUUCCUGAGGAGCUUCAUGAAGUCCCGUCCACCCCCUCAGAAGCUGAGGCAGCGUGGGAUCCUCAGGGAGAGGGUGUUUGGCUGUGACCUGGGGGAACACCUCCUCAACUCAGGACAUGAUGGUCAGUCUCCCAGCAGCCUUAUCUCUGUAGUUAGCACUGUAUAGAGAAAGGUAGACUUCUCAGUCUUUGUUGUGAAAAUCUCUUUGAUGUUACUCUGUGUUGACAGCCAUUUAUCCUCUCCUUUCUCCAGUCCCCCAGGUGAUCAAAUGCUGUACUGAGUUCAUUGACAGACAUGGUGUCGUGGAUGGGAUGUACAGACUCUCUGGGAUCUCCUCCAACAUCCAGAAACUGAGGUAAGUCCCUGCUUCACUUAUUAGCAUCAAAUAAUGUACAACAUCCUGGAAAAAAAUGAAGAAAUUCAAUCAUCAUGGCAGUACUGCUUAUGGACUUAAACCGUGUUAACUGUACGUGAUGGUCUGAUGUUGAGUGUUAACCAGUGUCUUCUCUCCUCUGUUUCCCCAGACAUGAGUUUGACUCGGAGCAGAUCCCAGACCUCAGUAGAGAUGUCUUCAAUCAGGAUAUCCAUUCCGUAGGGUCCCUCUGUAAACUGUACUUCAGAGAGCUGCCCAACCCUCUGCUCACCUACCAGCUCUAUGAGAGAUUCUCAGUAAGGAGCAGAACACUGAACUGGGACUGAGGGGAAAGGUGGAGGCUGAUUGGGGAAAACAUGAGUAGAUGGAGAUAUUCUUAAUAAUAUAGUCAUCUUGGAAUAAACCAAGGGAGAUACUGUACUAACAUACGCUUGUAUUUCCCAUUCAAAAUAUGUGAAAUAGAAAGGUCUUAUCACUGAAAUGAACUUAGAAUUCUUAAUCAGAAACAUCCUCGUAGCACAGCGGGGUGUAUUGAAGAUAACCGUAAAGGGGGGGACAGUAAAGGACUGAAAGCUCCUGCUGGCCUAGUUAUCAGGCUCUGGUGUUCCCUCCCUCCCUCCACAGGAGGCUGUGUCUGCAGCUACUGAUGAGGAGAGGCUGGUGAAGAUCCACAACGUCAUCCAGCAGCUUCCUCCUCCUCACUACAGGUCAGUGGGAGAUGAGUUCACAGCACAUCCUAGUGGCUCCUGCAAUUCUGCAUCUUCUGUAUUCACUACAACGGUGUAUAAAGUCACCACUGAACUGUAGGUGCUAAAGCGCCAUCUGUUGGCUAACAGAGAGCAUUGAACAGUCACAGUCUUGGCAUUGUAAGCUGACAGUAAAGAAGGGUGUAUUCCACAUGUCUGUGUUCUACCUGAUCUGUAAUACUCUCUGGUCUGCGCUGCAGGACUCUGGAAUUCCUCAUGAGACAUUUGUCCCAACUGGCCACCUUCAGCCCUAUUACCAACAUGCACACCAAGAACCUGGCCAUCGUCUGGGCUCCCAACCUGCUCAGGUAUACUGUAACGUUCCAACCACCAACACUGUCAUUAGUAUUAACUGCGAUUAUAAACUGGGUGGUUCAAGCCCUGAAUGCUGAUUUUAUCUGAAAGCCGUGGUAUAUCAGACCAUAUACCACGGGUAUGACAAAACAUUUAUUUUAACAGCUCUAAUCACGUUGGUAACCAAUUUAUAAUAGCAAUAAGGCACCUCUGGGGUUUGUGGUAUAUUACCAAUAUAUCACUGCUAAGGGCUGUAUCCAGGCACUCCGCGUUGCGUCAUGGUUAAGAACAACCCUUAGUCGUGGUAUAUUGGCCAUAUACCAAACCCCCUCGUGCCAUAUUGCUUAAAUAUACACUGUUUUGUAACUGGCUAUGACUGGCCAUGCAGUUGAUUAGGACAUAACUGUGUUUCAGGUCCAAACAGAUUGAGUCGGCCUGUUAUAGUGGAACCGCAGCCUUUAUGGAGGUGCGUAUCCAGUCAGUGGUGCAGUCAGUGGUGGUGGAGUUCAUUCUGAACAACACAGAGGCACUCUUCAGCCCCAAAGUCAACGCCCUCAUCCAGGAGAGCACAGGUACAGCAUUACCCUGGCUUUGGCACUCGUUAUGGGAACGUUAUGGGAACUUCAAAAACAUUUCUCUCUCUGCUCCCAGGUACCAGUACCCUAUCCAGACCCAAGUCUCUGCUGGUGUGCUCUCCCUCCACUAAGCUCCUAUCUCUGGAGGAGGCCCAGGCCCGUACCCAGGCCCAGCUGGGCUCCCCUGUUACUACCCCCGUUCUGUCCCACAGCGAGUACAUCGAGGUGGGGGAGGGACCCGGGGCACUGAUGGGCAAGUUCCACACAGUCAUCGAGCUCCCCACUGAGAGGUAGGUUGUUGGUGCUUCUAGAAACUAGUAGCCUACAGUACAUUGUAGUUUUAUAAACCAUGCAGUGGCUUGCGAAAGUAUUCACCCCCCCUUGGCAUUUUUCCUAUUUUGUUGCCUUACAACCUGGAAUUAAAAUGGAUUUUGGGGGAGUUUGUAUCAUUUGAUUUACACAACAUGCCUACCACUUGGAAGAUGCAAAAUAUUUGUUAUUGUGAAACAAACAAGAAAAAUAAGACAAAAAAACAGAACUUGGCCGUGCAUAACUAUUCACCCCCCCUCCCCAAAGUCAAUACUUUGUAGAGCCACCUUUUGCAGCAAUUACAGCUGCAAGUCUCUUGGGGUAUGUCUCUAUAAGCUUGGCACAUCUAGCCACUGGGAUUUUUGCCCAUUCUUCAAGGCAAAACUGCUCCAGCUCCAAGUUGGAUGGGUUCCGCUGGUGUACAGCAAUCUUUAAGUCAUACCACAGAUUCUCAAUUGGAUUGAGGUCUGGGCUUUGACUAGGCCAUUCCAAGACAUUUAAAUGUUUCCCCUUAAACCACUUGAGUGUUGCUUUAUUAGUAUGCUUAGGGUCAUUGUCCUGCUGGAAGGUGAACCUCUGUCCCAGUCUCAAAUCUCUGGAAGAAUGAAACAGGUUUCCCUCAAGAAUUUCCCUGUAUUUAGCGCCAUCCAUCAUUCCUUCAAUUCUGACCAGUUUCCCAGUCCCUGCCGAUUAAAAACAUCCCACAGCAUGGUGCUGCCGAUGAUGCUGCCACCACCAUGCUUCACUGUAGGGAUGGUGUUCUCAGGGUGAUGAGAGGUGUUGGGUUUGCGCCAGACAUAGCGUUUUCCUUGAUGGCCAAAAAGCUCAAUUUAAGUCUCAUCUGACCAGAGUACCUUCUUCCAUAUGUUUGGGGAGUCUCCCACAUGCCUUUUGGUGAACACCAAACGUGUUUGCUUAUUUUUUUCUUUAAGCAAUGGCUUUUUUCUGGCCACUCUUCCGUAAAGCCCAGCUCUGUGGAGUGUAUGGCUUAAAGUGGUCCUAUGGACAGAUACUCCAAUCUCUGCUGUGGAGCUUUGCAGCUCCUUCAGGGUUAUCUUUGGUGUCUUUGUUGCCGCUCUGAUUAAUGCCCUCCUUGCCUGGUUUUUAAAUUUUGGUGGGCGGCCUUCUCUUAGCAGGUUGUUGUGGUGCCACUUUCUUUCCAUUUUUUAAUAAUGGAUUUAAUGGUGCUCCGUGGGAUGUUCAAAGUUUCUGAUAUUUUCUUUAUAACGAACCCUGAAUCUGUACUUCUCCACAACUUUGUCCCUGACCUGUUUGGAGAGCUCCUUGGUCUUCAUGGUGCCGCUUGCUUGGUGGUGCCCCUUGCUUGCUUGGUGUUGCAGACUCUGGGGCCUUUCAAAACAGAGGUGUGUGUGUAUAUAUACUGAGAUCAUGUGACAGAUCAUGUGACAUUUAGAUUGCACACAGAUGGACUUUAUUUAACUAAUUAUGUGACUUCUGAAGGUAAUUGGUUGCACCAGAUCUUAUUGAGGGGCUUCAUAGCAAAGGGGGUGAAUACAUACAGUUGAAGUUUACAUACACCUUAGCCAAAUACAUUUAAACUCAGUUUUUCACAAUUCCUGACAUUUAGUCCUAGUAAAAAUCCCUGUCUUAGGUCAGUUAGGAUCACCACUUUAUUUUAAGAAUGUGAAAUGUCAGAAUAAUAGUAGAGAGAAUGAUAUAUUUCAGCUUUUAUUUAUUUCAUCACAUUCCCAGUGGGUCAGAAGUUUACAUACACUCAAUUAGUAUUUGGUUGCAUUGCCUUUAAAUUGUUUAACUUGGGUCAAACGUUUCGGGUAGCCUUCCACAAGCUUCCCACAAUAAAUUGGGUGAAUUUUGGCCCAUUCCUCCUGACAGAGCUGGUGUAACUGAGUCAGGUUUGUAGGCCUCCUUGCUCGCACACGCUUUUUCAGUUCUGCCCACACAUUUUCUAUAGGAUUGAGGUCAGGUCUUUAUGAUGGCCACUCCAUACCUUGACUUUGUUGUCCUUAAGCCAUUUUGCCACAACUUUGGAAGAAUGCUUGGGGUCAUUGUCCAUUUGGAAGACCCAUUUGCGACCAAGCUUUAACUUCCUGACUGAUGUCUUGAGAUGUUGCUUCAAUAUAUCCACAUAAUUUUCCUUCCUCAUGAUGCCAUCUAUUUUGUGAAGUGCACCAGUCCCUCCUGCAGCAAAGCACCCCCACAGCAUGAUGCUGCCACCCCUGUGCUUCACGGUUGGGAUGGUGUUCUUCGGCUUGCAAGCGACCCCCUUUUUCCUCCAAACAUAACGAUGGUCAUUAUGGCCAAACAGUUCUAUUUUUGUUUCAUCAGACCAGAGGACAUUUCUCCAAAAAGUACGAUCUUUGUCCCCAUGUGCAGUUGCAAACCGUAGUCUGGCUUUUUAUGGCGGUUUUGGAGCAGUGGCUUCUUCCUUGCUGAGCGGCCUUUCAGGUUAUGUUGAUAUAGGACUGGUUUUACUGUGGAUAUAGAUACUUUUGUACCUGUUUCCUCCAGCAUCUUCACAAGGUCCUUUGCUGUUGUUCUGGGAUUGAUUUGCACUUUUCGCACCAAAGUACGUUCAUCUCUAGGAGACAGAAUGUGUCUCCUUCCUGAGCGGGAUGACGGCUGCGUGGUCCCAUGGUGUUUAUACUUGCGUACUAUUGUUUGUACAGAUGAACAUGGAACCUUCAGGCAUUUGGAAAUUGCUCCCAAGGAUGAACCAGACUUGUGGAGGUCUACAAUAUUUUUUUCUGAGGUUUUGGCUGAUUUCUUUUGAUUUUCCCAUGAUGUCAAGCAAAGAGUUUGAAGGUAGGCCUUGAAAUACAUCCACAGGUACACCUCCAUUUGAUUCAGAUUAUGUCAAUUCACCUAUCAGAAGCUUCUAAAGCCAUGACAUCAUUUUCUGGAAUUGUCCAAGCUGUUUAAAGGCACAGUCAACUUAGUGUAUGUCAACUUCUGACCCACUGGAAUUGUCUGUAAACAAUUGUUGGAAAAAUUACUUGUGUCAUGCACAAAGUAGAUGUCCUAACCGACUUGCCAAAACUAUAGUUUGUUAACAAGAAAUUUGUGGAGUGGUUGAAAACAACAUGUUUUAAUGACUCUAACCUAAGUGUAUGUAAAUUUCCGACUUUGAAACAAGUUUUUUUUUUUCAUUCCACUAUUUUGUGCAUGUCUAUUACAUGAAAUCCAAAUAAAAAUCAAUUUAAAUUACAGGAUGUAAUGCAACAAAAUAGGAAAAACCCCAAGGGGGAUGAAUACUUUUGCAAGGCACUGUAUAUGUCUCUGACCACCCUGUAUGGUCCACUGUAGUCAUGGGGGAUGUUGUGUUAUAGUAAGAGGGCUCCUGGGAAGGUGAAGAAGUCCCCAGUGGGAAGCUGGCGUUCAUUCUUCCACCUGGGCAAGUCCUCCUCCAUGACCUCCAAACGCAAGCUGAAGCGUCACCCCAGCGAACCCAAUGAGAUUAAAAGCAUUGCACUGCCAGGUCAGGCCUCAACCAGCACUACAUUGUCACCAUCCAGUACUGUACACAACCACAAGGACCCUCUUCAGAGCCAUGUUAUAAAAUACCUCCCAGUCAUGUCUCUGUGGUUAAAUGUAUGGGUGUUUAUUCCACUUGGGUGAUGUGAUGAAGUCAUGUUUUUUUGUUAAGAAGUCUAUUUUCACCUUCAGUUUGUACUUCCAUAUUAUUCAGGUGGAAGAGGGGAUAGUGGGACACUGCGCUCCACCAAAAGUGAAGAAUCUCUCACCUCUUUGCACAAUGUGGAAGGUAAAUAUGCCCCCAGUCACACUUUCAAUCCUGUCAGUACCUGUGUUUCAUAAUAGGUGAUAAACAAAUUUAGACAGAUAAUUUGUUUGUUACCUUUAUUUUUAUGUUGUCUAAUGUUGAAGUCUGCCUCUGAACGUUAAUGUAUACUAUCUAUCUGUCUGUCCUAGGGGAGCCCCAGAUGUACCACCCUCCUAGACCACGCUCCACCACAUUCAGGGAUGACCUGUGUGAUGCCUGGAUCAAAGUUGACCUCUACAACAACCAGGCCAAGAAGGUCCAUAGUGGUGCUGAUGGUCCAGCCUAUGACCCAGCUGGCGUGUCCCCUCCACAUCAGGAGGACGACCUUGACCUCUGUCUUCCAGCCCCUGGCAUGGCCUUUCUGGACUUUGACCCCAUGUCUUUCCAGUGCAGCCCAGUGAGCCCACCAACAGCUAAAUCCGCUCCUCAACGCAAAGCAAGCGUCAACUGUAGGAAGAAUGUCGGGGGUUCCAGUGAAUCAGAGCCCAUCUCCUCAUCCCUCUAUAAAGUCGUCAGUAACUCCCAGUCCCCUGACAUCAGCCCAGUCCAUAGGAAAGGAGGGGAGAAAAAGAAAGUGUCUCGGGUCGUCUCCCCCAAACUCAGACGGAAGUCCUCUAAGUCCCCCCCUGUGGUUGAAGCAGAUGUGCACACUGUGUGUGCCUCUGCCCCACGCUGUGUUUCGGACACCCAGGGUGGUGAGUCCUCGUCCCCUCCACCUCUGGAUCUGUGUGAGGCACCCUGCCGGCCCCCCAGCCCACCAAGUUUUGCCUCAACUGUCACAGACAGCCUGGCUUCACAAAACCCUCCGGAUGCAGGUCAGUGGCACAUUAAAAACAAAUUCAAUUUUAGUUCAUUUUAUAUCGACAGUUUAUCAUUAAUGUGCAGCAAUGUUUAACAUGGAUAUGUACAGUUCUUAAUGUGUUUCCUUAUUAGCUUAAGUUCUUAUGGUAUUAUUCUAUGUGUUGUCCCCUCAUGUCUGAUCACAGCAUUGUUUGUCCUGUCAUACUGUAGCAGCAUUGUUUGUCUUAUGCCUCCCCAGGAACAGAUAGGCUUGUGAAUUCCGUGUCAGUCCUCCCUCCUCACCCUCCGUUGACGAGUGCUGCCCGCAGGCUGGCCCUGGCCCUGGCUGAGUCUGCCCAGAAGGCCACCCUAACCUCUCAGAGGAGGAGCACCCAGCCCCCCUACCCUCUCCAGAGACAGGACACCCCCCACCCCCUGACCUCUCAGAGGAGGAGCACCCAGCCCCCCUACCCUCUCCAGAGACAGGACACCCCCCACCCCCUAGACAGACCCCCACGGCCCUCUGUUCUCCACCUCCAACCCUGCUCUCAGGAUUACGGUGACCUCAAGGUCUCUUCUCCAGCCCCCCUCUUACCCUUGGCUGGCACACCAGUUGAGAGUCCGUGUGACCGUUUCCCUGGCUAUGAGAGAAAACAGGCCCCUGAGGGACAAGUGGCCAUGAGUAACUUCACUCCCACUAUCAGUCCCUUAGAGGCUAGAGCUCUACUGCAGGGCAGCACAGAGGUGAGGGACCAGAGGGAAGGGAGAGACCGACCCCUGGGAGCUGUAAGGACUGUUCAUCUUCAGACUGUGUCCUCCUUGUAUGGCAGUGGUGGGGCCUCCCCUCCCAUUCAAUCAGUCUGCUCCAUUCAGAGCCAGUUAGCUGCUGCUGUCCUCGCUAACACUGACUCAGUCAAUGCCUAUAACUAUCGGGCUGUUCUUGCUGAGGCGUCCAUGCCAGGGUCUGUGGAUGAGAUCCCUCCACGUCCUCCUCUGCCGUCCUUAGUCCACCAGUACAGCUCUGAUGAAGAGAGAGCUAUGAGGGAGGCUGAAGACGUAUACAGACAUCAUCGGGUCAAUCCAGCAGGACGGGUAUCUGGACAUCCUCAUCCUCAGCCUGACUGUCUCCCUACCCACCAGGCAGGGCCCAACAGCAUGUACAAACCCACGUCUAACAGCCACUACAGUACUUUAGGCCUCCUGAACUACCCCUCUUCAUCCUCCCAGUACAGAGGUCAACCCCAACCCCAACCCAGGGAGGAGCACAGCUCCAGUGGCCACCACAGAUCCAAGGGACAAUGGCAGAGGACUGAGGAUAGAGCCCAGGGGUGCCCCGUCAUCCGCAGGGCACACUCCUUCCAUGCCCAGCAACCUAUUCGUAUUCAACUGGCAGACACCCUGUUCUACGUCCAACGUCCAGCUGUCCAGGAAAAGGAGUACCAGAGACUAGUCCAGUCAGAUGUCCAACCCAUGCAGCCGUACUUUGAGAAUGGCCGUGUUCAAUACCGCUACAGCCCCUAUUCAGACGCAGCGCCUCUAGAGGAGUCUUACUACUAUGUGGACCCUUACAGGACGAGCCGCAUCCGACACAGUCAGUCAUACACCAUGCGCUCUACCAGGGAUUGUGGACAUCCUGGCUACCACUACCAUCCCUCACACAACAUCCCACCUCCAAAAAGACAACUCUUCUUAGAGAGCAGAGAUCCAGAGCGAGUCAUUUACAAGUCCUGGGACCACCCAGAGGGUUGUGACAGACUAGUCUAUCAGCCAAUCAGGCAAGAAAAUAGAGCCAGGCAGAGGCCCCAGGGCCCUAUCAUGUCUCCUUAUGAGAACCUAAAUCCUCCCCUCCCACAGAGUGACAUAAGGGGCAGAGAUAUCAGUCACACCAGAAGCAGGUCAGACCCAGGUAAUGCCUGGCUGCUGGCCAUCGACAGAGUGGACAGCCAACGGGAAGUAGCUGCCGUGUCCCCAAUCUCCCCUGGCCAGCAGCUUUCAGACCCUAGUGAUUACAUCAGGCACCAGAGGGGUCAUUGGCUAGGUGAGGAGCCAGUCCCUCCCCGGAGAGAGAGCGUCUCCAGGAGAACCCAGUCCAAGCAGGGCACCUCCCAAAGACAUCAACCCCAGUCACAGCAUUGCAACGUCCCCAUGCUCCUAGAUGUUAAGAACGUGGAGCAGGGUGAGGGUGGUCAUAGUAGAGGUCAUGACAAGGUAAUUAUGGGCAACGCUGCUAACAGUUACUCUGCCGAUUAA